AUUUUAUAUAGUGGUUGACAACCAACUUUAAGGUGCAUCACCGCCACCAACUGGACUGGAGUGUAAACCAGUGAGAAGGAAGGUCUCAAUUCUAUUCAAUAUUCUCGUCUCCCUAUGGAAAAUUAAAUACCGCAUCUCCUGAAGAUUUCCCCAGCAGUUCACUCACUUUUGGCUAGCGCCAGCCACUAUAGGCUAUUCGUGCUUGUAUUUGGCCUAGUGACUCUGCUGACUGCUGCGACACAACACGUGUUUGUGGCGUUAUCCAGCCUCCGCAGUGCCACAGAAUCUGAACGCCAUCUGGUGGCGAAUCAUAGCGAAGGAGAAAGUUGUUUUGUUUGUUAUAAAGCAGAACAAACUGAUUUUUUUUCAUGUGGGGAUUGAUUUAGAUUAACUUGUGUGUGGAACAUUUUAAGACCAAGAAUAAAUCCAGAGUUAACCUUCAUAAGAGGUGGUGGAGUAGCCUCUGUGAUACCAGGAAGUGGAGCCAGUUAGUUUCUGAAAAAAACUAUUAUUCCCAUGAUGCAGUUCAUGUUCCAGUGACAUCCCAUGCUGCGGUUGUUUUUGUUCUGUCGCUGCUGUCAACCAUCACCAGAUAAAUAACGGUCUGUAGGCGGAAUAACGUCAGUAGACUUCAAUUAAAGGUGUUGUCGUUGCAAGUAAGUACUAUCAUCAGGCUUAACGUUGCACGGUUCGCGUGUUUUCCCGCAAUGUUGUCUUCGGUUCCACCGCGGAUCUUCAUGCGAAGGUCGCGCAGCCUUUCCCCGUGCCGUGUGCUCCAGACAAGCACAAAGGACGCCGCGAGGAACCACCUCAUCCUCGAUAAAGCGGACGCCAACCGGAACCCCAUCGUUUCUACCUCCCGUGUCUCCCGUAGAGGAAUUCUGAGCGAGGAGGCGAAAGGCCAGAGUGUGAGCCUGGCCAUACAGUAUCACCAUCUGGCCCCCAGGUGGCUCUCUAAUCUCCAGGGUCGCAGGAGCUCCUGGGCCUCUCUGGCUUCCAAGGGACGCAACAACAACAACCUGUACUGGGAACAGAGCGGGGAAAGGACCGGGGGACAGAGCGGGAGCAGCCGCCCUUACGCACUGGCCUCUGCUGGGGUACUGUCCGCUGCAGCCAUGGCCUUCUGCCUCAAGAAGGACUCUGAUACGAAAGGUGAUGCACUUCUGGAGGCUGCAAGGACCAACAGCUCACAAGAUGUGGCAAGGUUGCUGGGCGAGGGGGUGGAGCCUAACCACAGACAUCGUCUGGGCUGGACCUCUCUCAUGGUGGCAGCUAUGAACCGCCAGCACAGCGUGGUGAAGGUUCUGCUGGAGUCUGGGGCUGAUCCUAACGCAGGAGAUGACUUCAACAACGUCUAUGACACGUCCAGAGAGAAGGGCAUUCACUCACUGGAAGUGUUAGUUUCCAGGGAGGAUGAAUUUAGUAGCAGGCUAAGUAGCAGGGCUGGUUUCCGUGGUUGCACAGCCCUACACUACGCAACGCUGGCCGACGACCCACUCGCUGUACGCAUGCUGCUGGAGAAAG